AAGAAAAUAAAUUUAAUUUAAUUUAUGUGCUAUUUACAAAAACACAUAAACGGAUAGCAAGAGAAAAUGGUACUCGCUGGAUUUGGUCCAUUUGAUGUCCGUCCCGGAAAACCUUCUUAAAUAUUUCAAGUUUUACACAGCUCUCGCAUCCGUCGUGUGCGAUCAUAAAUGAGAACGUUAGUCAGUCAUCGCUGUUAAUCGAUACCAAAGUCUGCAAACACAGCAGUCUAACGACAGCAUCUUCUACCAGAGACUGGACUUUGCUUUGGAAUCGUCACACUGGUCAACUGACUAUUUUCACAAACCAGUGCUGAUGCUUUCACUGGAAGUUUAGCUGCAGUAUGUCAGAGGGGAGAGGAACAUACUUUCUGUCUGAGAUGAGUCUGUCACAGAAACAGAGUGUGAGAACAGGUUCACCUGUAUUCAGCUCUGUGUCUGUGAAGAGUGACCGUUCAAAAGGUGGCAUGCCAAACUUCAGUGAGAAAAAACCAUCAUCUACCAAAAGUGUAAGAUCAGGUUCACAUGUGUCCAGUUCUGUGUCUGUGAAGAGUGACCAUUCAAAAGGUGGCAUGCCAAACUUCAGUGAGAGAAAAACACCACCUGCCAAAAGGCUUCAAUAUAAGACAUUAAAUUCAGACUUCCAGACUCAAAGGAACCAUGAGAAUUUCAAAGACAAUCUUUUAGGGAUUUUUCAGGAUCUUGAGAGCAAAAUAAUCACAUUCCUGAAGAUUGAGCUCGAAAAGUUUAAGCAAAUAUUAAAAAGGGAGAACUUGCAGUCUUUCACUAAAGACUUUAAUGAGAACAGAUGCAGCAUCAAAGAAGCAGCUCUUGAUCUCACACUCUACUUCCUGAGAGAGAUGGAGCAAAAUGAAGCUGCUAAUACUCUAGAAGAUGAGCUGUUCUUCAUUCAUCAGCUAAAAUGUAGCAUGAAGAAGUAUCAGUGUUUAUUUGAAGGAAUUGCAAAGCAAGGUGAUUCUACACUUCUUAAUAACAUCUACACAGAUCUCUAUAUCACUCAGGGUUGUAGUGAACAGGUCAAUACUGAACAUGAGGUAAGACAGAUUGAAGUUACUUCCAGGCGUCAUGAAUCACAGGAGAUACCAGUUGAAUGCAAAAGAUUGUUUGAAACAUCUGAACAAGACAAGCAGAUCAGAACUGUACUGACAAAAGGUGUUGCUGGCAUCGGAAAAUCAGUCUCUGUGCAAAAGUUUGUUCUGGAUUGGGUUGAAGAAAAAGAAAAUCAAGACAUUGGCUUCAUAUUUCCUCUUCCAUUCAGAGAGAUGAACUUAAAGGAGAAAGAAACACAAAGUUUGAUGGACCUUGUAACUCAGUUUUUCCCAGAGACAAAAGGACUGAACCUUAAAAGAAGGAAUAAUUUCAAAGUCCUGUUUAUCCUUGAUGGUUUGGAUGAAUGUCGUCUUCCUCUGAACUUUGAUGGUAAUGAGACAUGGUCUGAUGUAUCAUCACCAGCCUCUCUGGAUGUUCUCCUGACAAACCUCAUCAAGGGAAAUCUGCUUCCUUCUGCUCUGAUCUGGAUCACCACCAGACCAGCAGCUGCCAGUAAGAUUCCUGAUGACUGUAUCGACCGGCUGACAGAGAUACGAGGAUUCAAUGAUUCACAAAAGGAUGAAUACUUCAGAAAAAGAUUCACUGAUGAGAAUCAGGCCAAAGAAAUCAUUGAUCAUGUUAAAAAAUCAAAGAGUCUCUUCAUCAUGUGCCACAUCCCAGUCUUCUGCUGGAUUUCAGCUACUGUUCUCCAAAACAUUUUAGAGGAGAAAAGAAGUAAUGAUAUGAGAAACAAAUCUGAUUACACGUGUAAAACACUGCAGGAAUCAAAUACUGAAGACACUCCCAAAACUCUAACACAAAUGUACACACACUUUCUCCGCUUUCAAAUCCAGCAGAGCCGUCGAAAGUAUGAUGGAGAAUACACACCAGAUGUUUCCUGGGACAAAGAUGCCAUCCUUUCACUGGGGAAACUGGCAUUUCAUCAGCUGGAAAAAAACAAUGUGAUCUUCUAUGAUACAGAUCUGGAAGCCUGUGGUAUUGAUGUCUCUAAAGCAUCAGUUUAUUCAGGCAUGUGUACCCAGAUCUUUAAGGAGGAAACAGGGAUCAUUCUUGGUACCAUGUACUGCUUUGUUCACUUGAGCAUUCAAGAGUUUAUUGCAGCCCUUUAUGCACAUUUAUUUCUAGAAAUCAAAAAGAAAAGUGUGUUUGUUCAAGACUCUAUAGAACAGGAAAAAAAUGAAGCCAUGAUUGAUUUGCUCAAGACUGCAGUGGACAAGGCACUCAAGAGUGACAAUGGGCACCUGGACCUUUCUCGCUUCCUCCUCGGUCUGUCACUCCAGUCCAAUCGGCGACUCUUACGUGGUCUGUUAACACAGCAAGAUGACAAUGACCAGAGCAAAAAGGAAAUAGUUCAGUACAUCAAGCAGAAAUUUGAAGCUAAUCUGUCUCCAGAGAGAUCCAUCAAUCUGUUCUACUGUCUGAAUGAACUGAACGACCAAACUCUGGUGAAAGAGAUUCAGACCCACCUUAGCAAAGGAAGUCUUUCAUCUGGUGAUCUUUCUCCUGCCCAGUGGUCUGCUUUGGCUUUUGUGUUGUUGACAUCAGAGAAGGAGCUGGAGGAGUUUGAGCUUCAGAAAUUCAAGAAAUCAGACGAGUGUCUCAUUAGAUUAUCAGCAGUCAUCAAAACCACCAAAAGAGCCUUGCUAAAUGAUUGUAACUUAACAGACAAAAGCUGUUCAGCUCUGGCUACAAUUUUUGAAUCAGAUACCAAUCUGAAAGAGCUGAACCUGAACAAUAAUUAUCUGCAGGAUUCAGGAGUGAAGCUGCUCUGCACUGGACUGAAGAACGUACAGUGUAAAUUGGAGAUACUGAGACUUUCAGACUGCAGUAUCACUGAAGAAGGUUAUAAAGCUCUGGCUUCAGCUCUGAGAUCAAACCCUUCACACCUGAUAGAGCUGGAUCUCACGGGAAAUGAUCCUGGACAAUCAGGAGUGAAGCAGCUCAAUAAUUUACUACAGGAUCCAAACUGUCAGCUGAAGACACUGAGGUUUUUACAAAGUCCUGAUGCAGAAGAAGCCUAUAAAUAUCUGACUGAAGUUCUUCACAAUAAAAACCCGUUACUCCUGAGAGAGCUGAAUCUGAGUGAACGUGAACUAGGAGACACACGAGUGAAUCAGAUCGCUGCUCUACUGCAGGAUAAACACUGUAAACUCAACACACUUCAGCUGUGUGAUUGUAAACUAACAGAGGGAAGCUGUUCAGCUCUCGCUACAGUCCUGAAAUCAAACCCCAGUCUGAAAGAGCUUGACAUGAGCAACAAUAAUCUGCAGGAUUCAGGAAUGAAGAAACUCCAAAACGGAUUAGAAAAUACAAACUGCACACUGAAGAAACUCAGACUUUCAGACUGCAGUAUCACUGAAGAAGGAUAUAAAGCUCUGGCUUCAGCUCUGAGAUCAAACCCUUCACACCUGAUAGAGCUGGAUCUCACAGGAAAUGAUCCUGGACAAUCAGGAGUGAAGCAGCUCAAUGAUUUACUACAGGAUCCAAACUGUCAACUAAAAUUGAGGUUUUUGAGUCCUGCUGCAGAUAAAGCCUGUCAGAAUGUAACUAGAGUUGUAGGUAAAAAUCCCUUAUUUCUGAGAGAGUUGAUUCUGAUUGGACAUGAACUUGACUUAAAAAACGUGAAAUGGCUCGCUGCUCUACUGCAGGAUAAACACUGUCAGCUCAACAAACUUCAGCUGAAGAAUAACAGUAUUACAGAAGAAGGUUGUGCUGCUCUGACUUCAGCGUUUAAUUCAAACCCUUCGAACCUGAUAGAGCUGGAUCUGAGUGGAAAUAAACUAGGAAACUCAGGAAUUGAGAAGAUCUGUCAUCUGUUGGAAAAUCCACAAUGCAGAUUAGAGAAACUAAAAGUUUCAGACUGCAGUAUCACUGAAGAAGGUUAUAAAGCUCUGGCUUCAGCUCUGAGAUCAAACCCUUCACACCUGAUAGAGCUGGAUCUCACAGGAAAUGAUCCUGGACAAUCAGGAGUGAAGCAGCUCAAUCAUUUACUACAUGAAGGAUGCUGUAAAUUGAAGACCAUCAGAUUUUUGAAAAGUCCUGCUGCACAGGAAGCAUGUGAGCAUCUCACUGAAGUUCUGGGUAAAAGUCCAUUAUUACUGACAGAACUGGAUCUGAGUGAAGAUAAAAUAGGAGAUCUGGACUGGGAGAAACUCUCUGCUCUUUUGAUGGACUCUCAUAGCAAACUGGAAAAAAUGAAGCUGAAUAAUUGUAAGCUGACAGAGAAAAGCUGUUCAGUUCUAGCUGCUGUUCUCUCCUCCAAAACCAUCCUGAAAGAGAUGAACCUGAACAACAGCCGUCUGCUGGGCUCAGGAGUCAAACAGAUCUGUGAGGGACUGAAGAAUCCUGUGUGUGAGCUGAAGAUACUCAAACUGUCUAACUGCAGUAUCACAGAAGAAGGUUAUAAAGCUCUGGCUUCAGCUCUGAGAUCAAACCCUUCACACCUGAUAGAGCUGGAUCUCACAGGAAAUGAUCCUGGACAAUCAGGAGUGAAGCAGCUCAGUGAUUUACUACAGGAUCCAAACUAUCAACUGAAGAAACUGAGGUUUUUGGGUCCUGCUGCAGAUGAAGCCUGUCAGUAUGUGACUGGAAUUGUGGGUAAAAACCCGUUACUCCUGAGUGAGCUGAAUCUGAGAGGACAUGAACUAGGAGACACACGAGUGAAUCAGAUCGCUGCUCUACUGCAGGAUAAACACUGUACACUCAACACACUGACUCUGUGUGGAUGCUGGAUUACAAAGAAACAGUGUCUCAUCCUGACUUCAGCUCUGAAAUCAAACCCAUCACACCUGAGAAAACUGAACCUGAGUAUGAAUCAACUAGGAGACUCUGGAGUGAAUAACCUCAGAGAUCUACUGAAGAACCCACAAUGCAAGCUGGAGAAACUAAAUCUGUCUGGAUGCAGUAUUACAGAGAAACAGAGUUUCUUCCUGACUUCAGCUCUGAAAUCAAACCCAUCACACCUGAGAAAGCUGAACCUGAGUGAGAAUCAACUAAGAGACUCUGGAGUUGAAAACCUUGGGCUUCUGCUGAGCAGUUCACGAUGCAAGCUGGAGAAACUACAUCUGUGUGGAUGCUGGAUUACAGAGAAACAGUGUUUCAUCCUGACUUCAGCUCUGAAAUCAAACCCAUCACACCUGAGAGUGCUGGACCUGAGUGGGAAUAAAAUAAAAGACACAGGAGUGAAUCACUUAUGUGACGUACUGAAGGAUCCACACUGUAAACUGGAGAGAUUGAGUCUGAAGUACUGCGGCAUUACAGACGUUUCUUCUUUAACUCAGUCUUUGACAAACACAAAAGCACUGCAGUUUCUAAAAGAGCUUGAUCUGAGAAACAAUAUGAUUGGAGACUCAAAGAAGCAGCUCACUGAUGUGCUACAAGACUGUAAACUCCUGGAGAAGGAACAUUCACUCUGGAGAUCUGAUGAAGACUACAUUAGUGUGAUGUGAAAUAAAGGAAAGAGAAGAGUCUGAUCAGCGCUCAAAUGAGGUGGAUUAGCAGGAAGAUAUGAGUCUUUGGUAUAAGGACUAAACUCAUAUUACCAGAUGAUGUGAUUAAUCAACUCAAUUUUGAAGAAAUUAAAAUAUUUCUGCACAUGAUUGUGCAAUAAAAUUUAAGUGAUCAGGUAUAUCAAAUGAACAUGAAAUAUAAACUGAGAGUACAUCUACAUGUUUAGAGAUUCAAAUCAGUACUAUCAGUGUCAAUUUUAUAUUUAUUUAUGCCAUAAAUUCAUUUUUAUUUUUAUAUUUAUAUUUCUGUACAUUUUUACAUCUUAUCUCUUACAUUUAUAUAUAUUUAUAUAUUUAUUAAUUUAAUUUGUAUUAAGUCAGUUUUGUGUCUGCACAAAUAUAUUGUUUUAGUUCUGUGAAGAAACAUUCAAGUAAGAGUUCGAUUGUGUUUGGUUCAUUAAAUAAUGCUUUGACUGACGUAAGAGGCGUGGAUGGAGUCUCUCCUCUUUCAUGAGUCCAGACUAACUGAUCUUCUGGCAGCUGUAGAGUUUCCUGUAGAAAUUACAUGUGAAUGAGCAGCCAUGCAGGUCUGACUAAUACAUAAAGACAAAUGUUAUAAAACCCAUUCUCAUCUCACUGGCAGUUAUUUCAUACAAUCAUUGACGUAAUUAACACUGUUGUCAUCCAAAGACAGUGUUACUAUCAUGCAGGAAGUCCUUCCGUUGUUAUAUGAUGAAAAACAACAACUACAGGAAAUGACAUCAUAGAGAGGACGAGAUGGGCACUUGAUCCAGGCCGGAUUUGAACCCGUGUCCCAGCGACUCAAUAGCCCUCUGGUGUUCUGCAUGUUUAUUUAAAACUAGAUAACUAAAACAUUUCUGCUUUUGAUCCUCUCUGACAUCCAUCAUUUACUCCCAACCUG